GCUUGCUGUAGUUGUGUAGUUCCAAGACUGAAGGAAACAAGAUGUAAACAAUUGAUAUAAUGUGAGGUUUAUAAGUGAAGUUUAUUAAGCUUGACAAACCUGGUAGAAAAUCAUUUGGAAUUAUUUCUGUGACAGGGUGACAGGUCCCCUUUAAAUAUUUGUGUGCGACUGCGCAAGCCGUUGGGUGGGUGGGGGAGCAGGUAGUGCAGGUGCAAGCUGCUGUGUGCGCCAGGCCCCUCUGAAGAUUUUUUUGGAGUGGGGAGGGGUGGAGGAUAAGAGGCACAUCCCAGCCAAAGGGCAUAGGUAACAGGGACUUCCUAAACCAGUGGGAAAAGUUAUCCCCAUGGGUCCCAUAAUAUAGCUUUUUGUAAAUACUACGUAGCCUGGCUGUGGGUGUUCCUCUGUCUUAACCAAAAGCAUUCUGGUUUACAGAAUAUUGAAACUAGUAGCGGGUAGUUUAGUAAUUCGGUAAAGCCUGUGACCACAGGUUUUGCCACAGCACUCAUUAUUCAAACUUUUAAAUAUAUUUAUUCUUGUUAUAUUUAUUUUGGGUUGUGUGAGUUGGGUGCUCCAGGGGCCAGAGACACAUGCCUGGGGAAUGGCGUUGACAGUGGAGCAAUAGCAGAGGGCCAUGCAGACACCCUGACCCCCCAGCUGUAGCUCUACAAUAACUAUACAGAGAGGAGCAAGGGCAGGGAUCAUAGGAACACAUUCCACUGCUUUAACUUCCAACCCUCCCCCUGCCCAUAAACCUAUUCAGUUGUAUCACUGGCCUCUGUCCCUAGUGCAAGGCAAGACCGUGCAGCCAAAGUCUAAUCCCGGCUGGUGACGUAAGCUUUAACUAGCCCUGCCUGGCAUCCGUUGGUACCAAAAGGGGCCGCAGUGGUGCCCAUGGGAGCCACAAGCUGGCAUGGUGAAAUCUAUUGACCAGCACAAAUGAUGGUGAUUCAGAGGAAGGCAAAACACCCUGCAGUACUGAAGGGCAAUUUUGCACUACAAGGAAACAUUACUCCCUGGUUCCUGAUGCAACUGGUUAUCAGCACUGGAUCCUUGUCCUUUGCUGCUCUAUCCUAGGGAGGGAGGGAAAAGACAAAACAAAGGUCUACUGACAACUGCUUUCCAUUCAAAUAAAACAUUACGCUAAUAUUGUGAAUGGAUCCUGAGGGGUGGAAAAUGGCUACAACUGGAUAUAACUUCUUAAAGCACCGGAAUGAAACGACUUUGCAAGCGAACCACGUCAAACACUCAAACACAGAAAGACUGCAGAAAAAGAUGUUCAGUGACAGUUCAGAAGCCAAGCUUCUUCAAGGAAAAGUCAGAAGUGACUGUGGAACUGGCUUCUCGGCAGGAAAGCAAAUCCGUACCGAAAUGGUGAAAGCACAUACUGAACAAAAUGCUAUGACAUCAGUCAGUAAAUAUACAGUGAAGAAAUGGAACACAUGGACACCAGAUUCUAUGGAACACAUAGAAAACUUAGCUUUUACCAAUUAUGACAGAGAGUCUCAAAUUGUGACAAAACAAGGCUUUGGAGUGCAGGUUAAUAAGUUCCCCAUUCAAAUUAAAGAUAAGACACAGUUUAACAGAGACCAUAUGGUGGUAAACUACUCCCCCACACCUUCCAAUACCAAAGAACCAUCAAUUGUCCCCUCCCAGAAGGCAAAGAUACAGGGGAACAGACAAAGUGCCAUAUCAGAGGCGAUGUUGCAGAGUCAGGGGACAGAACACUGUGAAAAGUCCAGGCUUAAACAAGGAAAUGCUUUAUAUCAUUCUCAUAAAAAAGUUACUAUUCAAAAUAACCCAUCACCUUAUAGUAGACUAAGUGGACCCUGGCAGAGAAAUAAGGUAACUGGUAGAGAAACUCCAGCGAGUGCGACUGACAAAGGACAGCACAAAAUACUAGAAAAGCAUAGAUUAUCUUGCAAAGAUACAGCUUCAGUAAGUACAUUGGCUAACAAAGGCAGUGGCAGUGUUGUCCGCUUUAAGACUGGAACAGGUAUGCUGUAUAGGAAAACAGAAGAAAAAAUAAAGCUGGAGCCCACAACCAUCAAACCACAAGAGAAACCUGCAGGUAACAAAAAGUACCGGAGAUUUCUGCUCAUCGAUAGUCAGGGACUGCCAUACACAGUAGUUGUGGAUGAAACUAAAACGGCAGACACAAGUAAGCCUCCUGAUGGACCUGCUUCUGAUAGUUCAUGUACUGGCACCACAAAAUCUGUAACCCCCCGUAAGGUUUAUAAAUGCCCUGUGUGCUUUAGGAUAUUUGAGUACCUCUCCUACCUCCAGAGGCACAGUAUAGCACACUCCCAACAAAAACCCCACGUCUGUAAGAUUUGUGGCAAGGCUUUUAAAAGGACUUCCCAUCUUACACGCCACAAAUAUACUCAUUUUGGUGGAAAACCCUGCCAGUGCCAGAUCUGCCAUCGGAGGUUCCGCGAUUCAGGGGAACUUACACGUCAUCAACAAAGCCACGCUGGGGAAAGACCUUACCAGUGUGAUAUUUGCCUUGUGCGCUUUGAGGAACAAAAUGCCCUGCAGCAUCACCUGUUAUCAAAACAUGUCAAAUAGAUAUGUCAGGGGAAACUCCUAAAAGCCUAUCUCAUGAGUGUUUUACUGGCAUCAAGAUUAUCCUUAUCGAUAGCUUUAUGUUGGUCUGGAUUCGUAGGUUGCACGCUCGACCAAAACAAUCAGAUUCCAUGCAUUAUGGCAAAAGCCUUUAGCACUUGCUUUCCAGUGGGAAGCCCCAAAAGAGAGGAACAACUUAGAUAGAUUGCAACAAAACUUCAAGAUUAUCUAGAGGUAGUUUUGCAACACUUAAUGUUUAGCUACAUAGUACUGAAAUAGAGAGCUAAGCUGCAGUAGAGGUAAACUGUUAAUACUUGUUUUUAUUAUUAUUUUUUACUUUGUAUUAAACAUAUUUCUAUGGCCAAUGAACAUUUUUUUAAACCCACACUAAAUCCAUUAGAGUGAAAUUGUCAGUAUUUAUUACAUUGGGCUUGCACCAUGAUUGAUAACACCGGAGAGGUUUAGAGCAAGUUCCCACAGUAGUCCACAAAGCAGUCCCAAUUAACUGUUUUAAUUACAAAAAAUAUUUGCAUAGGCAACUUGUUUAAUGAGGUCACCAAACAAGCGGAUCAUUAUCUGAUCUGCUGUACAACAUGUUGGCCCCAAGUGGGAUGAUCUGAUUGUUGGGUUCCUGGGCCAAUGAUUGGAUCAUAAUUGGGGCCUAUUGAGACCUGUUAGGAGAGUACAUAAGCAACACGCCAAUGUGGUCCUCACCUGAAUUUCAAACAGAUAUUAGUCUAGCAAGUCAUCAAAGGGCCCCAUACACACACCAAUAAGCUGCUGAGUCUGGUUGGAUGUGUAUGGCCAGUUUAAAAUUAAUGUCUCACCAGGAGGUGUUUACUAUAUCAGUAGUGGUGAUAGGACUAGUAGAAUAGUUUCUUAUUUCUUAUCACUUUCUUUCAUAAACAAUUAGCAUUGAUACCUAUAUACACACCUGUCAGCUAAAAAGUAAAUGGUCACAGUUGUGCCAUACGAAAAGUGAUUCCAUCUGUCUAAUAUGAGAGGGGAUCAGAGACAAAUCCAAAUGUUUUAUUGCUGGUAAUAAAUGCCUAUAAAGCUCUUUGUGUGACAGAAGCCUUACAUUAUGGAUACUUGCUACUGAUAUGGCUGUUCACAUUAAACAUUUCUGAAUACUUUCCUUAA